UCCCUCCAAUCACAAAGAGGAUUCUACGGUGGAUGAAGCCAUUUUAUGCUUCUACUUGUCUCCCUCCAAAUUUAAAUAUGCUCACGCUAACAGUUUAACCCAUUUCCACCGAUUGUGGAAACCUUAGUGCCUUCCCCUCUCUCACCUGCAAAACGCAGCGUUUUGCUCUCCCUCUUCUCUGCAACUCCAAAAGCGAACCCUAACCCUAGCUUCGACCUUCAUCUCUUCAAUGGCUCCUCUGGAUCCCCACUCCUUUACCGAUUCUACCCACCCAUUCACCACCCACGUCUCCCUCUCCCUCUACUUCGACUUCGCCUCUUCCACCAUCCACGCUUCUGCUCUACUCUCUUUCCAGAAUCCUCACACUGGUCCAAUCUCCCUCGACGCCCGUACUCUAACCAUUGUCUCUGUCAUCGACCCCGUAACCCUAGCUCCGCUCCCCUUCUCUCUCUCCCCGCCGGAUCCAAUUAAGGGCUGCCAUCUCACUGUUUCUCUUUCUAACCACUCCUCGAUCCUCAUCUCCUACUCCACCAGCCCUCAAUCUUCUGCUCUACAAUGGCUGACGCCGCCUCAGACCUUCAACAAGACGCAUCCUUUUGUGUACACCCAGUGUCAGUCUAUUCACGCCCGUUCGGUCUUCCCCUGCCAGGAUACACCCGCGGUGAGGAUCAAGUACGCGGCGCGGAUCAAUGUCCCGCGCCAUCUGUCUGCGGUGAUGUCAGCGCGCCACGUGGAACGGCGGCCGCCGUACCCUGGGGAGGGGUGGGCGGAGGUGAGCGACUCGGUGUGGUGCGCGGAGGGGAGGGUGGUGGAGGAGUUUGUGAUGGAGCAGGCGGUGCCGCCUUACCUAUUUGCCUUCGCGGUUGGGGAGCUUGGGCACAGAGAGGUAGGACCGAGGACGAGGGUGUACGCUGAGGCAGUGGCCUCACUGUUGGACGCGGCAGCGCGGGAGUUCGCCGGGACGGAGGAGAUGAUAAGGCAGGGGGAGAGGUUGUUUGGGGAGUAUGAAUGGGAGAGGUUUGAUUUGCUGGUUUUGCCUCCGAGCUUUCCUUAUGGAGGUAUGGAGAACCCAAGGAUGGUGUUCUUGACCCCGACGGUGAUCAAGGGGGAUGCAAGUGGAGCACAAGUGGUGGCACAUGAGCUUGCUCAUAGCUGGACGGGGAAUCUGAUCACCAACAAGAAUAAUGAACAUUUUUGGUUGAAUGAGGGUUUUACAACUUAUGCGGAGCGGAGAAUUGUUGAGGCUGUGCAAGGGGAGGAUAGGGCUGCUUUGAAUAUUGGAAUUGGUUGGAGGGGAUUGAAUGAGGAAAUGGAGCGAUUCAAGGACAACAUGGAGAUCACGAAGCUCAAGACCAAGCAGGAAGGAGUCGACCCAGAUAAUGUAUAUUCUCAAGUUCCAUAUGAGAAAGGUUUCCAGUUUCUAUGGCGCAUUGAACGUCAGAUCGGAAGGCCUGCAUUUGAUGAAUUCCUAAAGAAAUAUAUUGCCACCUUCAAGUUCCAAUCAAUUGACACAGAUAUGUUUCUAAUUUUCCUGAAAACGAAUAUCCCUGGAAUAGAGAAAGAGAUUGAUUUAGAGAUGUGGACUGAGGGUACUGGUAUUCCCCCAGAUGCUUAUGAGCCAGUUUCCAGCAUCUAUACAAGGAUUGUGUCUCUGGCAAAUGAGUUUAAGCUUGGUAGGAUGCCAAGAGAGGAUGAGGUUGCUGAUUGGCAAGGUCAGGAAUGGGAGCUCUACUUGGAGAACCUCCCAAAAUCUGUAGAAGCUUCCCAGAUCUUAGCCUUAGAUGAACGCUACAGGCUAUCGGAGUCAAAGGAUUAUGAGGUGAAGGUGGCAUUUCUCCAACUGGCCAUCUUAGCUGGGUGCAAAGAUUACUACAAUGAGGUGGAGAAAACUUUGAAGGAAGUUGGUAGGAUGAAGUAUCUUCGUCCUCUCUAUACUGCACUUGUACAAGGCAGUGGAAAGGAUGAACAGAAGAUAUUUGCUAAAGGGGUGUUUGCAGAGGCUCGAGAGGGAUAUCACCCCAUAGCUCAAGGUGUUGUCGAGUCCAUCCUCACCAAGCACCUGUAGAAUGGUAUACAUGUCAUGUAUAAACAAAACACCAAACCAGUCUUAAUGCUUUAGACAUAACAAGGCAGUCUCUAUAACUUUGUUGGCAAGCACCAUAAGUACUGAUCUGUAGAAUCUGUAAGUUUUGGAGGAUGCUGUGCUGAUAUUGGAUUGUCAAAUAGUCUUUAUGUGCAACAAGUUGAUAUGUUCUGGCGUUUGACUGAGGUUGUAAGGUGACAGACUGACAGUGGAACUGUUAUUUUACUGUUUUUUGGUUCUCA